ACCAGAUUGACAGAUAUUUAAGUAGAGAGAGGUGGAUUUUCAUUCAUUUCACUGUCUUGAAGAAGCCCUGCAUCUCAAGCAGACUGUCGAACGAUUCCAAUCUGCUGAGAGAGAAGAAGUCUGUCUGAAUCUUCCCCUGGGGAGGGAAGCAUCAGCACAGCCCUCAACAUGGACAGCACAACACAAUUGGCCCUGACCCCUGUCAAUAACAACUUCACCAACAGCAACUGUUCCCGUGACAACGUGCUGAAGACGGUGGUGUUUCCUGUUCUCUACUCCCUCCUCUUCCUGUUGGGCKUGUUGCUCAAUGGCCUGGCAGUGUGGGUGUUCUUCAGCAUCCCCAGCCGCUCCCACUUCAUCAUCUACCUCAAGAACAUUGUGGUGGCCGACGUCCUCAUGACCCUCACCUUCCCCUUCAAGGUGCUGUCUGACUCCAACAUGGCGUCCGUGGGUCUGCGUGUCUUCGUCUGCCGUGUCUCCUCUGUGCUCUUCUAUCUCACCAUGUACAUCAGCAUCCUCUUCUUCGGCCUCAUCAGCAUCGACCGCUGCAAGAAGACCCUCCAGCCCUUCAAGGUGACCAACAUGGCCCGUCUGGCCCGCAGGAAGCUGCUCUCUGUGGUUAUCUGGGCAUCCCUGCUGACCCUCUCCCUGCCCAACAUGAUCCUGACCAGCCGCAGCCCCACCUCGGCCUACUUCAAGUGCAGUGAUCUUAAGACGGAGGCUGGGCUGCACUGGCAUGAGGUGGUCAACUAUGUGUGCCAGAUUAUCUUCUGGGGGACCCUGGUGACAGUGAUAGUGUGUUACACCCUCAUCACCAAAGAGCUGUACAGUUCAUACGCCCGCACCAGGGCUUGCCGUUCUAGCAGAGCCAUACACAACGCUGGUACUGAUGGGGGUCAUGUUGAAGGGCAGUGCCAGUCCCGGAGGAAGAGCGUGAGUUCAAACGUCUUCCUGGUGCUGGCCGUGUUCUUUGUGUGCUUCGUGCCGUUCCACUUCUCCCGCGUGCCGUACACCCUGAGCCAGACAAGGGUACACCUGUUUGACUGCAACUUCAAGCUGUUCUUCUUCCAGCUGAAGGAGAGUACACUCUGGCUGUCCUCCCUCAACUCCCUCCUGGACCCUCUCAUCUACUUCUUCCUGUGUAAGUCCUUCAGAACCACCCUGUUCAAGACCCUUCGUCUCCCACCUGGGACCUGCAGCUGGCUCACUGGGAGAGAGUCCGGCCCCAACACAGGGGAGGAUCAGAACCAAACACAGGAGACUCCCCUUGUAGACAAAUCUAUCUGUAUUUAGGUAACUAAAACUCUAUGUUCUAUCUAUGUAUUGUGAAGAUCUGAUGAAUGUUUCACAGAGGAUCAUACUGCCCUCUCCUGGAAGGUUGACUAAACUGAACUGUGUGUUGAUUAAAAUGCCUGGGCAAUGGGAACAAUCAAUGUAAACUUCCAAUGAGAAAAAAUAUUUUAGCCAGUGAUGAUUAUUACAAUAUGCAGAGCAGGUGUUCCAGUACAGCAAUAGCUCUAUGUUUGUUACACCAGUCUGUUACGGCAGUCUGUUACGCCAGUCUGUUACGGCAGUCUGUUACACCAGUCUGUUACGCCAGUUUGUUACGCCAGUCUGUUAUGGCAGUCUGUUACGCCAGUUUGUUACGCCAGUCUGUAACACCAGUGUGUUACAUCAGUCUGUAACACCAGUCUGUUACGCCAGUCUGUAACACCAGUGUGUUACGCCGGUCUGUAACACUAGUCUGUAACAGUUAGUAGAAUGUUAUAACACCCACUAAACAUCAUCAUAGCCUCAUGCCAAGGAAUGCACCUCAGGUCUCCCUGUCUUUCUCAUAACAGCUUAGUUCCCCUGCACUGGCAUUCUGCUUUGACUUCAUCGUUGUUUUGGCUUUGGAACUGAAAUAUGAGACAUACGUACUGCCCCUGUAAUUAUGUGUAACCGUGGCACAGUGCUUAUGCCUGUAAUGUACAGGAUAGCGUCAGAAAAACGUUCUUUCCUGCAUAAAAUGGUGACAUCUGAAUGUUU